AUGAGGGCACCGCCCUCAUUCUUUGGUUAUCAAAUUUUUGCCGCCCUUGUUCCUCUGAGCUCUGCUUGCAACUCGGAAGACAUGAUGACCUUGCUGCUGCACUACUGGCUUGUGUCGUCGGGGGAUUCCUUUUUUCGGAUCCCAUCUUCUCUUUGCUCAGUAACUACUCCGUAG